GCUUUGUUAUAGGCGGAGAGAGGACGACGCCAUUUUCGCUCUAGUGGAAUAACUAGCUUAUGCGCACUCUUUUCAAGAGCCCUAGCUCGAUGUAUUUUUCUUAAUGGUUAAAUAAUCACCGAUAAAUCAUGAGCAGCUCUUCAUAUACGUAUAAACUGACUGAGGAGGACAUCAAGAGCCUGAUUCGCCUGAGAACGACGAACGCGGCCCUCUUUACCAGAAGGAGAAAUGCAGCCAAAGCAGCCUGGAGUGCCAUUCUAAGGGAGUUGGGGCUGGAAGAUAAGGUAACAGUUGACCAGAUUGCCAAGAAAUGGGAAAACUUAAAGAUGAAGUACAAGGAAAUCAAAUUUCCUCCACCUGGCAUGGAGGAGGUGGCGAAGGCAUCCCACUGGAGAUGGUUUAAACCACUGGACGAAGCCUUAAAGGAGGAGAUGAAUGAGACAAACUACCGUCCAAUGACUUCAUCAGUGAGUGAUGAAGACUCUGGACCCCAGGCCAGCAAAAGAAUAUGUCAGGUGAAAGUAGGAGGCGACAUCUUAGAACUGUUGGUGGAUGAUGAAGGAAUAUCUGGGGUGACCGACGCUGGGUCGACUGUAUUGAACCAAGAGAGACUCCUGGGAAAUGAGACGCCUACACAUCUGUCCAGCCUGGAUAUUGAGAAGAUCAAACUGAGCAGAGAACGUCAGAUUCUGGAGAAGGAGCACACAGAGCUGGACAGAGAGAGGCUGAUGUUGGAGAGAGAAAAGGAUCUGGCGGAGAAGGAAAAGAUGAUUCUGCAGAGAGACAGGGCACAGGUAGAGAAAGACAGGGCUGCAGUGGACAGAGACCGAGCAGCUCUGGACCAGGACAGAGCCCGGCUGGAAAAAGACAGGGCUGCGCUAGAGAGGGACAAGGCAGCGCUAGUGAGAGACAGGGAGAACCUGAAUGCCACGCUUGAAGAGAAGAAUACCCCACUUGAUACUCCACGUGAGAAGAACAGAGAGAAAUUAAUCUUCUUAAUUGAAAGAUUAAUUGAUAAGUUUUAAACAUAAAGUUUGGUCAGUUCGGUUGGUCAAACCGGUUACUUUCAAAUCAUUUUCUCUGCAGGCCUUUUUCACAAAGUUGUUUUUUUUUUCAUUAAAAGCCAAGACUUGAAGCGGUAAACUAAAUAAAUAACUGAAUAAUUGUUUGGUAAUAUAGACUUCUGUUGCAUUAAAAUUGUUGUGCUAGUACAGAAGCAUUUUUUGUGAGUUUCUGUAAAGCAACAAAAAUGUGUUCCAGUCUGAUUCAGUCUAAUUUGACUGAACUUGGACUUUUUUUCUCCUUUGUGAUAUGGUGUGUCAUUCACCGUACAAUUUUUGCAUUUAGUUUUGGCUCUAUUUUUAAUUGCAUGGUAAAACCACAACAAGGAUUUUUGACUGUUUGAUAUUGUCACAAAGUUAAACUAGUGUAUUUUUUGUGUAAUGUAACAUUUUAAUGUUAAACAGAUGAACAAAAAUAGUUUGAAAUCAUGAAAAUGACAUUAUUCCUGUUAAGUUCGUUAUAUUUGAAAUACAAGGUUUUGAUCAGGCAGUGAUGGUAUAUGUGACAAAAUAAAUGACAAAUAGAUGCCUUCUUGACUUUCUUUUUUUUUUGUUAAAUAAAUAUAUUGUGGAGAUAAUGAGAUAUUGUCUAAAUGCUUAUUAUUUGUUGGUUUUUGCAACAAUGUGGAAAAAAGCAAAUAAAAGAUAUUCUCAUGUAUACAA